AUUUAUUCAAUUAGAGUUAAAUUUUAGGGAGCCACCAGGCCCACCUCUUCGUAUCUAAAUUCCAGAAGUUUCAGAAAAACCUUACGAUAUCUGGUCCCAUUUUCGGUGCCGCAACGCAACCAUUUCAUUUUCUUUAACCCCUGGGGAUCCUUUUUUUUCCUCUGGGGAUAUAAAAGCCCCCACCGACGUUUGAAAGCAAGAGACCCACCCAUCCAUCUCGCGCGAACCCUCGCCGAGAGAUUACGGAAGGAGAAGCAAGAGAACCAGCAGCAAGAAGAGAGGAAAAGUACUAGGAGGAGGAGGAGGAGAUGUCGUGGCAGACGUACGUCGACGAUCAUCUGAUGUGCGAGAUCGACGGCCAGCACCUCACGGCCGCCGCCAUCGUCGGCCACGACGGCAGCGUCUGGGCCCAGAUGGCAAACUUUCCCCAGUUCAAGCCUGAGGAGAUCACUGCCAUUAUGAAUGACUUUGAUGAGCCUGGAUCCCUUGCACCAACUGGUUUGUACCUUGGUGGCACAAAGUACAUGGUGAUCCAGGGUGAGCCAGGAUCUGUUAUUCGAGGGAAGAAGGUUAGGACACCAUGUGCUAUCUAUCACCCAAAUACAUUUGCAUUUUGUCAAAUGAUUCUCAUGAGCAAUGAUGUUUGUCUGGAUCCUUUUAAGCCAUUUGAAGUGGUAACACUUGAAGGGUUCUGGUGGUGUCACUGUCAAGAAAACCAAUCUGGCCUUGAUCAUUGGCAUAUAUGAUGAACCAAUGACUCCUGGUCAGUGCAACAUGGUUGUUGAGAGGCUUGGUGAUUAUCUUGUUGAUCAGGGUUUUUGAAUUUAGUCGUUUGGUACUUUGUUUUGUUUGAUCCGAAUCUUUGACAUGGGCAUGCAUCUUUGUGGAAGAAUCAGGUUUGUCAGUUCAAUUGUUCCUACAUUAAACUUUGUUGGCUAUAAAUUUUUAUCUCACAAGCGUUAAUGACAUUUGUUGUAUAAACGGUGUAAAUUAACCGUGUAUGCUGCUUAUAUUUUAGAUUGGUUGGAAAC